GUAGUGCCAACAUUCAGAACAAAAAUAAAAAAUGACAAAAGUGUGCUGUCAUUUUUCUGUCCAUCGAAUCAAUCACUGUUGAUUUUCUAAAACAAAAGUUUAUUAUUGCGUUUCCAUAGGAAAAGAUGUUUCGAGCUAAUAAUUUUGAUAAGUUGCUUGAUAAAGCUACAAGUAAUCUACGCCUAGACCCCGAUUGGCCGACAAUCCUACAAAUAUGUGAUUUGAUUAGACAGAACGAUUGUUCACCAAAAUAUGCAGUGACAGCAGUCAAAAAGAAAUUGUACUCAUCAAACCCACACCAGGCUAUGUUUGCACUGCUCACCCUUGAGAGUAUUGUCAAAAACUGUGGUUCUGGCGUCCAUGAUGAAGUUACAUCCAAAGCGUUCUGUGAAAUGCUCCGAGAUCUUGUGAAGACUACACAACAUGAAAACCUUCGCAACAAAAUCCUUGAACUGAUUCAAGCUUGGGCCUUUGCGUUCCGAAACUCACCCAAAUACAGAGCCGUUCAGGAUACUGUGAACAUUCUGAAGGCUGAGUGUUACAAGUUCCCUCCACUCAAGGAGUCCGACGCGAUGUUCUCUGCUGACACAGCACCGGAGUGGGCAGACGGAGAAGUUUGCCAUAGAUGUCGCGUGGCAUUUUCAUUGAUGGUACGGCGGCAUCACUGUCGUGCAUGCGGCCAAGUCUUCUGCCAACAGUGUAGUGCCAAGCAAUCUACAUUGCCCAAGUUCGGAAUUGAAAAAGAGGUGCGUGUUUGUGACGCCUGCUAUGAUAAAGUGAGCCGGCCACCGCCAUCUUCUUCCAAGCUGGAGAUUGUGGACACUUCCAGUGACUAUGGACCUGCUGCGCAACCACAGAAACGUACGGGCGGCAAGACUGCCGAAGAGUUACAAGAGGAAGAGGAAUUGCAGUUGGCUCUCGCUCUCAGCCAGUCCGAGGCCGAACAGAAGGAAAAAGAACGCAAGUCGCGCUCUCACAUCGCGCCUGACCCGGCGCCUCUGCAUCCGACUUUGUCACCAACACCAUCUUCAGUGUCUGCGUCUCCGGAGCACAGCACGCAGGCGAACUCCGAGCUGUCGCGGUACCUGGACCGCAACUACUGGGAGCAGCGCAUCUCUCGAGACAACACCGUCGCGCCCACUGCGCCCGCACCCGCCUCUCAUGCCUCUGAUACUACCGAAGAAUUCCCCAAGCCUUCUACAACUAAGGCCCAAGAUGAUGAUGCAGAGGACAAAGAAAUUGAUGAGUUUGUGGAAACACUGAAAUCUCAAGUAGAAAUAUUUGUAAACAGAAUGAAGAGCAACUCCUCGCGAGGACGGUCGAUCGCCAAUGAUACCGCAGUUCAGACCCUUUUCAUGAACAUCACGGCUAUGCACUCACGUCUGCUACGUUACAUCCAACAACAAGAUGACAAACGCGUCUACCUAGAGAGUUUACAGGACAAAGUGACUCAAAUCCGUGACAGCCGAGCGGCUCUGGACACAUUACGCGCGGAGCACACGGCGCGAGUCGCCGCCGCCGCGGAGGCAGCCGAGCGACAGAGGCAAAUGCAAAUGGCUGCCAAACUGCAGGCAAUGAGGAAGAAGAAACAUGAAUACCUACAGUACCAAAGACAACUAGCUUUGCAAAGAGUUCAGGAACAAGAAAGAGAAAUGCAGAUGAGACAAGAACAACAGAAGCAUCAAUACCUGAUGAAUGCUAAUAACUUUUACAUGCCAGGUGUUUCUUUACAACAACAGUUCCCAAGUGGUUAUCCAAACCAACCAAUCUAUGGAAACCCACAGUUCCAUCCACAAAUGAUGCCACAAGCAACAACCGACAGCAAUGUACCGGGCCCUGUGCCCGGACAAGCGCAAAUAUCGACCGCUAACAUGCCGAUGAACAUAAAUCCAAUGGCGACUAUUCAGUCCAUGCCACAGCUAACGAACACUUUCGCGGCAUUGUCGACAUCCGCCGGCCCUGUCAACCAAACUUCAGUCAGCGCUCAACAGUCAAUGGCGCAGUCUAACUUACGACCCAACCUAUCUCAGCAAUUACCAAUCCAACAACAAAUGAUGUUACAGCAAAUGCAUCAGAUGCGCAUGCCCGUACAAUCUGGUAUGCAUCAAAUCGGACCACAAGCCAUUGCUAAUGGCAUGCCAGGACAAAACAUUCCACAACAAAAUGGGCAAAAUGCACAGUUACCAAAGCAGAAUUUGCCAAACCAGCCUCAGCAGCAACCUAACGCUAUGAUGCCUCCAAUGUCUGUAGGCCAACAAAAUAUAAAUCAGCAAAAUAUGGGUCAACCAUUAAUGAAUACGGGCAAUCCUAUGCUUGGACUACAAAUGCAGAACAUGAGAAUGCCUCUUAUGCAAGGCAAUCAACCAAAUCCUAAUCAGCAGAUCCCAGUGUCUGGCUAUCAAAAUAUGAAUAUUCCGAACCAAGUCAAUACUCAACAACCAGGAUCUCAAGCUCCAAAUAUUCAAGCACAGUCACAAAUGCCUAUGCCUGGGCAACAAAUGCCAAUGCAAGGGCAGCAAAUGAUGCAGGGUCAAACUAUACCUGGCCAGCCUCAAAUGCAGAUGAAUAACAAUAUGCCACAAGUAGGGCAAAAUUUACCACCUGGACCUGGACAACAAGUUCCCCAAACCCAAGCUCAACAGAUGCCACCACAACACCAUCAGCAACAGAUGCCUCUCAAUCAAGCGAUGACAAUGCCUGGCCAGGGUAUGCAACAGCCUGGCCAGCAAAUGCAAAUGAUGCAAGGGCAACAAAUUCAGUCUCAGGGCCCAAUGAUGAACCCAGGACAAAAUCCACAAGGCCAAAUACCUGGUCCACAGCAAGUAAAUCAAGGACAAAUUCCUACUAGUCUGCCAAACCAACAAAUGAUGCAAGGUCAAAUACAAGCUGGAAACCCCGGUCAGAUACCCAUGGGUCAUCAGAUGCAAAUGGGUCCAGUGCAGCAGAUGCAGCAAGGCCCUCCAAUGCAAGGCCAGAUUCCUCAGCAAAUGGGAAUCCCGCAGCAGAUGCAAGCACAACUACAGCAAGGACAGCCUGCACAAAACAUUCCAGGCCAACAGAAAAUGCAGCAGCCCAAUGUGCCACAAGGACAGUUACCACAACAAGGUACCAACCAGCAAGCACAGUCACCAGGGAAACCUGAACAUAAUAAUAACACGGGGGAACUGAUUAGUUUCGAUUGAGGAGAAUGGUUCCAACACUGAGUGAUCUCUGCAAAUGACUGGAAAUAAUAAUACUUGUUCUAAUAUUACGUAAUAUAAAACUAUAUGCAAUAAUUAUUAUGCACUUAGACAUUGUGCUAUGUUGUGAGUUUUAAAACCAAAAUAUUGUCAUGUAUAGAUAAAUUUGAGAUUUAUAGAGGAUAAAAUUAAAUGCCUUUACUUAUAAAUGUUGUAAAUGUGGGAUGGUGUGUAAAUUAUAGUUUGUUUCUAUUGAAAAGGACAGAGGACUUGCAUUUCGGAAAACAAUUAAUAUUGUAACUUUUAUAAGUGAAGCAGAUUUGAUGCUUUUAAUUGUCACAGAUAGAUUAGCAAUUAUUUAUAUUACCGUUAAGCUAGAUGCAGAUUUAAAUCCGCGACAAAUAUGGCACCAUCAAACAAAAUAUAAAAAAUAAUCUGUCCCAUUAAAUCAUUUGCUGUAGUUGUUAGCAUUCUUUUAGUUAGAAAGGCCUUGUAAUCUAUGUAAAUGCAAAUAAUUAUGUAUAAAAUAUUCGUCGUUCGUAAACCGUAGUUUAUUUAGAUAUAUUAAUAUAAAUGAGAAAUUCUAAUAUUUUAUUUUUAAUUAUCUUCAUUGAUGUGGUAAUUGUUUUGUUAUAAUAUUUUAAGUUAUAUGAUGUAUAAAUACGACGUACCAAUAAAACAUGAAAAUUA